CUCAAAUAUAAAAAUAUUUAAUUUACAUGUUAUAAUAUAUAUUUUAAAAUGCAACAUAGUCAUUUUUAUGUAUGACACAGUCAUGAAUUAGUAGAAGAUAUCUAUGCAGUCUCGCUAUAUGAGUGGGUGGGAUAUCAGUGAACAUUUCCGGGUAAAGAGAUAUCUAUUCAUCCGUUGACUUUAUAGAAUAAAAUGAAUGAAAAUUUUUCUUAAUGUAUACGUGCUUUUAAAUUAUUUAAGCUAUUCUCUCUUAAAUUUUAAAAUCAUCAAGAGUUUUAAAACGUUGCAAAAUAAUGAGAUCUAAAGAAUAUAGUGGGGAGAGAAAUGAUGAACUUAAGCAAAGGGCUAAAAGAGGUCGGUUUCAAGAUUGGAGUUUCAAAUAAAGCCUUCUCUAGCAUAAGCUAAGCAUCACUGCAACGGAGUAAAACGGGCGUGCGAGGAAGAGCGAGAUAAGCAAAAGUGAGAUGAAAGAGCUCACAGACCUCUCGCUUUGAGAGUUCAUUCUUUAGGUCCGUGCUUAUAAUCCCUCAACUCCACCUCCAGUUUCUGUCUGCUAGAGAUACCACGUCGAAAAUAACUGGUAAUGCUCUAAAAUUAUCCGAAUGGAUCAUUAAAGAUAAGUUACUUGCACUUCUACGAAACUUAAAGGGAAGAAAAACGAAAGUGUAGGCCGGCAAGUUCAUUGUUCGUUAGUCAAACUCUAGGCUUGCUACUGUGCGGAUGUCUAUCGACGCUUGUCGAUCUCUGGAUCGACUGUAAAAUAUUUUAUUCAUAUAAUUUUCAUAAUAUAUUCAAUUGAUUCAUCGUCAUCAUACUUAAAACUAUAAUGAAGUGUUCAUUAUUGCAAAUAAGUUUUGUGUUCAUCAUCACCUCAAUCGGAAUUCUUGGAGAUCCAGAUCCAUCGGAAGAAUUUUUUCAUCGAGUUCCAUUUAAUCGUGAUGAAGUAAAGUGUUAUGAUGAGACUGGAAGAGCUCAGAGAUGUAUUCCACCAUUCGAAAAUGCUGCUUUUAAUGUCUUAAUAGAAGCAACAAACACAUGUGGUGAAAGCGAUCGUCCUACAGAAUUCUGUAAACAAACAGGAGUAAAAAAGAAAUCUUGUGAAAUUUGUCGACGGGGUGAUCAUCCUGCACUUUAUCUCACUGAUCAUGAUAAUAAUGAAAAUGUUACGUGGUGGCAAUCUCAGACGAUGUACGAUGGGAUUGAAUAUCCUAAUCAAGUCAACUUAACUCUAAGACUAAAAAAAACCUUCGAUAUUACAUAUGUUAGGGUGCUAUUCGAAUCACCAAGACCAGAAAGUUGGGGAAUAUACAGGAAAAAACAUGAAAAAUCCAAUUGGGAGCCUUACCAAUUUUAUUCAGCAACUUGUCGCGAUACUUAUGGACUUCCAGAUUUAAAAGAAACGAUUCGUGGUGAAGAUACAAGGGUUCUUUGUACAUCAGAAUAUUCAGAUAUUUCUCCAUUAACUAAAGGCAUCGUUGCAUUUUCUACUCUGGAAGGAAGACCAUCCGCUUAUCAAUUCGAUACCAAUCCUUCUCUUCAGGAAUGGGUACAAGCAUCAGAGUUGAAAAUUACGUUAGAUCGUUUAAAUACUUUUGGAGAUGAAGUCUUCGGUGAUGAUCAAGUACUCAAGUCAUACUAUUAUGCUAUCGCUGAUAUCGCAGUUGGUGCACGGUGUACUUGCAAUGGACAUGCUGGAGAAUGUGUUAAUUCCACUGCUCCAGAUGGUUCAAUUCAAAGAAUUUGCCGAUGUGAACAUAACACUGCGGGUCCAGACUGUAAUAUCUGUCUUCCCUUUUACAACGAUGCUCCAUGGGGUCGUGCAACAACGACUGAUGCUCAUGAAUGUAAAGCAUGUAAUUGUAAUGGAUAUUCGGAUGAAUGUUAUUUCGAUAAGGAUCUUUACGCUUUGACUGGACAUGGUGGUCAUUGUAUCAAAUGUAAAGCAAAUCGUGAUGGUCCAAACUGUGAAAAAUGUCGAGAUAAUUAUUAUCAACGUUCUGAAGAUGGUUAUUGCAUUGCUUGCAACUGCAAUGAAAUAGGUUCAAGAAGUCUUCAAUGUAAUGGUGAAGGAAAAUGUCAGUGUAAACCAGGUAUCACUGGAGAUAAAUGUGACAGAUGUAUGCCCAAUUUCUAUAACUUUGAUUCCACCGGAUGUACUUCUUGUGACUGUAAUGUAAAAGGAUCUUUGGGUAAUGAGCCAAGUUGUGAUCCUAUUACUGGAUCCUGUGCUUGUAAAGAAAAUGUUGAAGGAAAACGCUGUAGAGAAUGUCGGCCUGGAUUUUUCAAUCUCGCAUUAGAAAAUGAAUUUGGUUGUACUCCUUGCUUCUGUUAUGGCCACGCAUCAAUUUGUCGACCAGCUAGUGGCUAUUCAAAAGUCUUAAUCGAAAGCAUGUUUGUUCGAGGCAACGAAAGAUGGUCAGCAAAUGUUGCAGGAAAUACUCUUCCACUUCAUUAUGAUGCUGUUACUCAAACAGUUUCUGUAUCCGCACCUGAUAGAGAUAACGUCUAUUUUGUGGCUCCAGAUAGAUUUCUAGGAGAUCAGAGGGCGUCUUAUAAUCAAUAUUUAUACUUUACUUUGAGAAUUGGUGAAAAAGAACCUGCUCCAACUGCUCGUGAUGUGAUCUUGGAAGGUAGCAAUGGAGAACAAAUAACUCAACCAAUUUUUGGACAAAAUAAUCGUCUUCCUACAGUUGCUCCUCAAAUAUACAAAUUUAAGCUUCACGAACAUCCUAAUUAUGGAUGGCAACCACGUCUUUCUGCAAGAGCGUUUAUGUCAAUUUUGUCAAAUUUAACUUCUAUAAAAAUUCGGGGAACAUAUACUCAUCAAGGCCGAGGCUUUUUAGAUGAUGUUGUUUUGGAAACAGCACAAAGAGGUGCAGCAGGAGAUGUUGCAGAUUGGGUAGAACAUUGUCAGUGUCCUAAUGGAUAUAUCGGUCAAUUUUGUGAAUCUUGUGCUCCAGGAUUCCAUCAUGACCCCCCUGGUGGUGGACCUUUCGCUCACUGUGUACCAUGUAAUUGUAAUGGUCAUGCAGAUAUUUGUGAUGCUGAAACUGGUCAAUGUAUUUGUCACCACAAUACCGCCGGGAGCAAUUGUGAAUUAUGCGCACGAGGAUAUUACGGAUAUCCAUUAAAAGGAACCACAGAAGAUUGCAAACCAUGUCCUUGCCCUGACAAUGGACCUUGUAUUCUCUUAGGAAAUAAUCCAGAUCCAAUUUGUUCUGAGUGCCCAAACGGUAGAACUGGUCCACGUUGUGAAACAUGUUCUGAUGGAUAUUUCGGAAACCCAGAUCAAGGAAUAGCUUGUCGUCCUUGCGAAUGUAAUAACAACAUUGAUUUAAAUGCCGUUAGAAAUUGUAACCAUGAAACAGGAGAAUGUCUUAAGUGUGUUAAUAACACAGCUGGAUUCCACUGUGAAGACUGCUUGCCGGGUUAUUGGGGAGAUGCUUUGUCAGACAGGAAAGAAGAUGGCUGUAAACUAUGUCAAUGUUACGCACCAGGAACUUUGGAAACUGAUGAUGGAAGCAUUGAACCUUGCAAUCAAUUAACUGGAUUUUGUGCUUGUAAACCUCACGUCACUGGAAAAAAUUGCGAUAAAUGUGAAGAUGGAUAUUACCAUAUUCUCAGUGGAGAAGGAUGUAAAGCUUGCAAUUGUGAUCCCGAAGGGUCAUAUAACAGAACUUGCGAUGUAAAUACCGGACAAUGUCAAUGCAGACCAGGAGUAACUGGACAACGGUGUGAUGCUUGUCAACCAUAUCAAUACGGUUUUGGUCGAGAAGGUUGCAAACAUUGUGACUGUGAUCAAAUUGGGUCUUUAGAUUUACAAUGUGAUGCCAAUGGACAGUGUCCAUGUUUAACAAAUGUUGAAGGACGAAGAUGUGACCGUUGUAAAGAAAAUAAAUACAACAGGCAAUAUGGUUGUAUUGAUUGUCCGGCUUGUUACAAUUUAGUUCAAGAUGCAGUCAAUUUACACCGAAGACGAUUAGCAGAUCUUGAAAAUACAUUAAAUAAGAUCAACAGUAGUCCAACAGUUAUCAAGGAUUCAGAUUUUGAAAAAGAACUAAAGAAUGUUGAAAAUAGAGUACGCGACUUAUUGCAAGCAGCUAAAGAAGGAUCAGGAAGUGAUAGUAAAACUUUAGCAGAACAACUUGAUGAUUUGAGAGAUCAAUUAAAUCAAAUAGAAAAAGUUUCUCAAGGUGUAGAUGUUACUGCACAGGAUGCAAGACGAACGACCAACGAAGGAUUGACAAGUAUUGAAGAAGCUGAAAGUGUCUUGGACAAAAUUCAUGAACAGUUAACCGAAGCAGAAGACUAUCUUGCAACUGAAGGUGCAACAGCUUUAGAAGAUGCAAGAAAACGUGCUGAACAAGUUGGUCAACAGAAUCAACAGAUGACUGAGAUUGCGCAAGAAGCUCGACUUUUAGCAGAUUUAAAUGUUAAUGAGGCAAAGAAAAUACAUAUUCUAGCUGAGCAAGCUAAAAAUACUUCUCUGGAUGCUUAUAAUUUAGCUAAAAAAGCAAUAACAAGAUAUUCAAAUAUCAGUGAAGAAAUAAGAGAAUUAGAAAAUAAAUUAGAAAUAUUAGAAGAUCGAUUUAAUGAAGUAAAAAAUUUGACUGCUACUGCGAUAGCUAAGUCGGUUGCAGUUGAAGAGGAAGCUCUUCAUUUGUUGAUCCUUGAUCUUACUCUACCUUCUGUUGAUAUUCAAAAGCUUCAAGACCAAGUAGAUGUUGUAAAUAAUGAUGGAUUGGUAAUCAAAGAGCGCGCACAACUUUUAUUGAGCGAAAAUGAGGAUUUGUUAAACGAUUUAAACGAGAAAAUAAUAAAAAGUGAAAUCUUGUUAGAAAAAGCACAAGAUCAGCAAGCAGCCACAGCUGACUUAUUAUCAGAAGUUGAUAAAGCUAAUGAGAAAGCACAAGAUGCAGUAAAAAGAGGUAAUCAAACAUUAACAGAAGCUCAAGAAACAUUGAAGAAACUUGGAGAAUUUGAUGCUGAGGUACAGAAAGAACGAAUUAAAGCUCAAGAAGCUUUAAAAAAUAUUGAGUCCAUCAGAGAAAUGCUUGAUGAAGCCAUCGAAAAAGCUGACGAAACGCAAAUUAUUUUAAAUGGAGCUGAAAAUAAUGCUGCAGGGGCUUGGAAUAUAACUGCAGAAGCUCAAAGAAAUGCUGAUGAAGCAGGUGACAAUGCAAGAAUAAUUCGAUCUGAAGCUAAUAGAAUUCAAUCUGAUGCCGUGAGGUUAAGCAAUGAAGCAGAUAAACUCCGUGCAAGAGUUGAAAUUACAGAUUCUAUCGUUAAAAAAUAUGAAAUACGUGUUGGAGAUGAUGUUAACGUCACAAAUGAUGUUAAUCAUCAAGUUGGACAAGCGAGAAAUAAGGUAGCACUUGCAAGUCAGCAAGUAGAUAAGGCUCUCAUGGAAGUAUCUGAAAUCAUAAGUGAACUUCAAGCACUACCAGAAAUCGAUGAUGCAGAUUUAGAUAGACUUGAAAAGCGAUUGAUUGCAGCAGAAAAAGAAAUUAAAGCAACUAAUUUAGAUGAAAGAAUAAAAUUAUUAACAGAUGCAAAAAAUUCACAAACGCAGUGGGUUAAAAAUUAUGAAGAUGAAGUAAGUCGUUUGCGAAUAGAAGUAGAAAAUAUUGAUGAAAUACGCAAGGCUUUACCGACUAAUUGUUAUAAGCGUCUUCGUCUUGAACCUUAAGUGCCUUAAUGUGCCAUCAAAACUUAAUUUAAUUUAAUAUUGAGAAUGUCUUUGAGCUUUCUUUCAUAAAAAUAAAAUGGAAGAUAAUCGAUUAGCAUCGAGCUUAACACAAUUUUUGUACCAUGAGAUACUCAUAAAAAAUGAUAAGGAUUGUGAAUUAACGAGUUAAAGCUCUAAAAAAAUUUAUAAUAAAGAGGCAAAACUUUUUGAAUCUAUUCUUCAUCUAUUGGUAGAGUUCAGAUUUUUUUUAAUAAACACGAUGCCAAAGACUUUAAAUAAUGAUGGGAGGCUCGAUUGUUACUUAUAAUGCAUUUUAUAGGCUUGUAUCGUACAAAAAAAUAAAUAGUUAACCUAUAGAUAUAUAUAUAUUAUAUGUAUUUUUUUUUAUUAAAUAUAAUUACGUUUCAUGUAGA